AUGGACACAUUGUCCAAACUGUCCAGCACUUCGAUUUCAGAACAAACUGGAAUAAAGCCUUUUCCUUCAGAGGAGAGUCUAGAAGAAGACGAGGACAUCUAUAACCAUCUGGUGGAUCUGAUUGAUGAGAAAGCUGUGGAGGAUGAAGAGGAUCUGUAUGACUGUGUCUACGAUGAUGAAGAUGGUGGUGAGAUCUACGAAGAUCUGAUGAAGGCUGAGGCUGUUCCUCCUCCUCUGUCGUUCCAGAAGCAGGUAGAGCCGGACAUCAGGAGCUGCUGUCUGUCAGAGAUCAAGCAGACCGAGGAGAAGUACACAGAGACUCUGGACUCCAUAGAGAAGUAUUUUAUGGCACCUCUUACCACCUUCCUGUCCUCGGAGGAGAUGGAUAAAUUGUUUGUCAACAUUCCGGCCCUGGUUAAAGUUCACAAGACUCUGAAUGUGGCUAUACAAGACUCUGUCUGCCAUAGAAGUGCCCAGAACCUCUACCAGAUCUUCAUUAACUACAAAGAGAGGUUGCUAAUAUAUGGGAAAUACUGUAGCCAUGUAGAAACGGCCAUUAAUGCUUUGGAUGUCAUCUGCAAAGACAGGGAAGAUGUCCGAAUGAAGCUGGAGGAAUGUGCAAAGAGAGCCAACCAUGGCAAGUUUACACUGAGAGAUCUGCUGGUUGUCCCUAUGCAGCGGGUACUGAAGUAUCCCCUUCUUCUACAGGAAUUAGUGAAACACACUCACGACGCGGCUGACAAGAGCAAUUUGCGGAUGGCCCUGGAUGCCAUGAAGGACCUGGCCCAGUACAUCAAUGAAGUGAAGAGAGACAACGAAACCCUGAGAGACAUAGCCCAGUAUCAGAAAUCCAUUGAAAACCUUAAUCAGUCUCUUAGUGUGUAUGGCAGACCAAAAGGAGAUGGAGAGGUACGCUUCGCCUCAGGCGACAAACGUGCCAAACAGGACCGGCACAUCUUCCUGUUCGAUGCUGCUGUCAUCGUCUGUAAGAGGAGAGGAGACAACUACGAGAUGAAGGAGGUGAUCACCCUGCAUCACUUCAAGAUCACUAACAACCCCACGUCAGACAAGGAGACCAGAAAGUGGUCCUAUGGGCUCUACCUGGCACACAACCAGGGGCAGAGCGGCUUCGAGUUCUUCUUCAAGACCAAGGAGCUGAGGAAGAAGUGGCUGGAGCAGUUUGGCAUGGCCAUAUCCAACAUCCGUCCAGAGAACGGCACCAGUAACUUCCACGAGUUCAAGAUGCACACCUUUGACAGAAUCACAUCCUGUAGCUCCUGCCAUAUGCUGCUAAGGGGCAUCUUUAACCAGGGGUACCUGUGCUCCAGGUGUGGUAUUGGAGCCCAUAAGGAAUGUCUGGGGAGGUUUGGUGGCUGUGGAAAAACAGAUCCGGGCUCCUUGAAAACACAGGACAAAUCCGUGCACGGACGGCGCUCAGAUCCAGGUCUACCUAAGAUGUUGGUGACCAGGAACUAUUUCGGCGUGCCCAGUCCCAUGUGUGGUCCGCCCCUCAACAUUCAGCAAGGUGACAUCAUCGAGCUGGUCUGUGCUGAUCUACACAGCACUUGGUGGCAGGGCAAAAUCGUGAAAACAAGAGAAGUUGGCUUCUUUCCAAGCAAUGCCGUGAAGCCGUGCCCAUGUGUCCCUAAACCUGUCGAUUACUCCACACAACCCUGGUUUGCUGGGCCCAUGGAGAGACUGCAGGCUGAGGCAGAGCUGAUUAGCAGAGGCAACAGCACUUACCUGGUCCGCCACCGGAGCCGCGAGCUCACAGAGUACGCCAUCAGCAUCAAGUACAGCAACGACGUGAAGCACAUCAAGAUCCUGAACAGGGACGGCUUCUUUCACAUCGCAGAGAACAACAAGUUCGGGAGUAUAUCAGAACUGAUUGAGUACUACCAACAUUACUCCCUGAGGGAAGGCUUCAGAAGCCUAGACACCACACUGCAGUUCCCCUACAGAGAGCAGGAGAGCCCCGCUGCUAUGCUCUGCACCAACAAACCUGGAGGAAAGAUGUUCACCCCUAAGGUGAUAGGUGUGGCGAAAGCCCGCUAUGACUUCAGCUCCAGGGACACCAGAGAGCUGUCUCUACAGGAGGGAGACGUAGUGAAGAUCUAUACCAAGUCAGGAGCCAAUGGCUGGUGGAGGGGAGAGGUCAACGGCAGGGUGGGCUGGUUUCCAUCUACCUAUGUGGAGGAAGGAGAGGAGUGAGUCAUGGAGAAAAACACAAAGGAUGAAAGAAAAUGAAAAUACAGAAAGACUGAGAGACCGACAGAGUGAACCGGUUGGCUGUUAGGCCUGAACUGGACAUUCUGUGGUUUAUCUGACUGCUAGCUGAGAACUGGACAUUCUGUGGUGGACCCUCCUAUUGGCUGUUGCCUCAAUAACGACCCAAAAUCCUCCUGGGAGAAUAGAGGGUUCCUAGAUGGAAUAGUGACUGGUUCUCUCUGGUCUGCCACUUCAACAGACUAGUGACUGGUUCUCUCUGGUCUGCCACUUCAACAGACUAGUGACUGGUUCUCUCUGGUCUGCCACUUCAACAGACUAGCAGCUUGGCUGUCAGCAUGGGAAGGACCUUUCCCAGAACCCAGAUCCCUACUUCCGUCCAUCCCUCUCUCCCUCACUUCCACCUCCCCUAACUCAGCUACAUCCAUUCAUCUGCACCACUCAGGAUAUAGCUAAGACUGUCUAAAGGGAAAGAGAAAAGAGAGAGCGAGAGAAGAGACUGAGAGAGGAGGGAGGGAUUUGCCACACCGCAGGGCUUCACCUUGCCUGUGUUGCUCUGUUCCACUUGCCUUGGUGAUUAUUGAUGACUUGAUGCAGCGGCAUCCCCAUCCACACACACACGCACGCACGCACGCACGCACGCACGCACGCACGCACGCACGCACGCACGCACGCACGCACGCACGCACGCACGCACGCACGCACACACACACAUGGCUGGAAACGCUGUCAUGAAACAGCUCCCAAACACAUCCCCACAGAUUACAAUAACUGAACACAAAACACACACAUUCUCCCCUACAAACCUCCCUGUGUUGUGUUGUCUUUGCUGUUAGCCUCCCUAUGUUCUCAUCUCUCCAGCAGGCUGGGUACGGGGCUGUCGCUGUGUGUUGAUUUGAUAGGGAUCUGGCUGGUUUCUGAGGGAACAAGCUAGUGAUGCUACCCUACGUCUUUCUCUCUCUCUCUCUAUUUAGACCCUUAACUCAGUACUUUGUCAAAGCACCUUUGGCAAAGAUUAAAGCCUUGAUUCUUAUUGGGUAUGACGCUACAAGCUUGGCACAGCUGUAUUUGGGCAGUUUCUCCCGUUCUUCUCUGCAGAUUCUCUCAAGAUCUGUCAGGUUGGAUGGUAAUGUAAUGUAACAACAUGUGGAAAGGGUCUGCAUACUUUCCAAACACACUAUACGUUUAUAUAACUGUGAGUGCCAGACAUGUGUAUAACUCACCCUGAUCUCUCUCUUCAUCUCUCUCUUCCCCCCUACUCUCUCUCUCUCUCUCUCUCUCUCUCUCUCUCUCUCUCUCUCUCUCUCUCUCUCUCUCUCUCUC